AUGGCCUCUCAAUUCGUUUCGAUUACCAAGGAUUUUGUGGAAAUGGCUCUGAAACAAUAUGAGGAAGAGGAAGAUGCAGCGGCCCAGAAGAAGAUGAACGAUCUUUGGAAGGAAUCCGGACUUCUGCUCAAAACUUGGUGGAUGAUGGUCAACAUUGCCGUGGCUUUCACUCGAGAUUCAUCGAUGCAUAAGAAAAUCGGAGAUGACUUUUUUGAGGGGUCUGAAGGUUCUCGAAUCCGAAGUGAGAUUUUUUUUAUUGUUCAUUUUUUUUAAUUCUGGUUAAAAUUGGUGACGUUUGCCCUGUAAAUCGCGGUCGUUUCUGCAAAGCGCAAUGUGUUGGAAUAUCUCUAUACCUCAAAAAUAUCGCAGCAUAUCUGUCGAAAUAUUGCAUUUAUUCCUAUCCUUAUCCCAACUUUUCAGCUCAUCGAACGGCCACCUUCCAAGAGAUCCGUGACGCUUUCGCUGAGAAUCUUCAAGAAGAAUUCGUUCAGCAACACGAGCAAGCCAAAGACCUGUUCGAAGACGGGUCCGUACAAACGUAG